UAAAAACACAAAUAGUGUUUAUCAGCCAAUUUGUAACUACUCGGAUAUGAUCCAGGAGCUCAGCUCGGUCUAUUGAAUAGGCCCAUUACAACAGAAAGUACUCAGGAGGCAAGACUGCUGUGUUUGUUCUUCUCUUGGAUUACUUAGCAUUACUUGUGCUAAAUGUUCCGUUGAUAAAUCGUGCACAAAAAUGUCAGACAAGAAGACUUCUCAUCACGAAAACUCAAUAAGCCUGAAUUCUCAUGAAUUUGAGAGUCAACACAAACAAAGCAUCUGUCUCUCUAAGAUAUUCGGUAAAAGAAAGAGGAAGACUCCUGAAUUAGAUUUACGCAAAAGUCUUCUCAAGCUCAGGAAUCUCAUUCUGAAUAGAUUUGUAACUGGAUUUGCUUCGACUCGAAAGAAAGCAAGGACAGCCAACAAGAAGCAACUCAGAAGAAGGUCUAGGUACAUUGGAGUUUCCAGAAACAACGAUAACUGGCAAGCUCUCAUCAAUGUUGACCAAGUCAAGAACUACAUUGGUACAUUCACAGACGAGCUCGAAGCUGCCAAAGCAUAUGACCUGUACUCAGUUGCAAUAAGAGGCCAAGGAGCGGCUCUGAACUUCGACUACAGUGCUGAAGAAAUGCUGAAAAAAAUCGAAAUUUACCUUAAAUCCACAGAAUAA